AUGGACACUCCCAAAUGUCCCCUAUUUGAGUUGUUCAAUGUAGAUGAGUGCCUCGGGGAGUACAAAAAUAAACCAUCGCAGGAACUAAUGGUAGGGCCGCUGGUGUGGCAAACACAAUGGUACUACGCAUCAAUUCCAAUCAAGGAAGAUGAUCCAAAUCUUCUAUAUCGUGGCCCCGAUAUGAUCAAUUUGCUAAAUCAGCCAGAAAAGAAUCUUCAAAUUAAACACCAAAGUGGUAGUACUUUGACUGAAAUGGCCAAGAACAUUUUGGCUCAACCCAUAGCCUCCUUACCCAAUCAACAGAGAUUGAUUGAUGAAAUAAAACAGAAGAUGAUUGAGGGUAACAUUGGUUAUGAACCUUCGCUCACUACGGGUUCAGUGGCAUCUAUGCCCGUAUCUAAUACUUCCUCUCAGAAGAAGAUGUCCCUCAUUAACAUAGCAAGACGCAAAUAA